CAUGUGCCAUCACCGAUUCUCUUGAAACGACGUCACUCACCCAGCAUGGCCCCUGGUAGGAGCUGUCUGUAGACAACUUCAUGUCGACUCUUCCUCCUCCUCCUUCUCCUAUCAUUUCACCUGCGUAGUGCAUCCACGGCUCCAUCAAUCGGAAAGCAGCCCUUCCCAUCUCCAUAUCACCUAGUUCCACCCCAAAAUGACCAGUCACACGGACGGCAUGUGCCAACCGUUUGGUCCUGCAAGCGCCAGUUCCUCCUGCGUUCGCUCCACCAACAACAACAUCCACCACUUUCUCUGAAACCCUCAUUCUGAGCGGGUGGCCGGCACUCGAGGCACCAGGUCAGGUCCUCUGAACGAACACGACACGACACGACACGACGCAACGCAACGCAACACCACGCAUUUAGAGACCCGGAGCAGGCCACUCUACACCACCGGAGAGGCAGCCAGCCCGUCCAUAAGACCAACAUGAUGGCCAGCCACUAUCAGCAGCACCACCAUGGCUUCAGUCACGCCCAAGGUGGCUCAUCGUCAUCAACAUCCUCCCCGCGGCCGCCCAUCAACCCGCGUCGGCAGCAUUCAAGCUCGGAGCAGUACUUCACCCCGGAGAUGCGCGAUCUCCAGGCCCGCGGCCGGGACCCGUAUACUGGCGAGAGCAACAGUCACGCCGGCGACUGGCCCGGUCAUCAUAGGUAUCACCAUGGUGCGAGGGAGACAAUCCCUCAUACAGUCAUGGAAAGAAGCCGUAUGGCGCGCGACAUUCUCGACCAGCCGGAGCUGCUCAUGAUGGUGGCCCAAAAGGAAGACGACAGCAUACCAGCGACUCGCCUUCGCUAUAUGCGCAUCAUGUGCUGCCUCCCAGACAAGCCGGUCUCCAGCCUGGACAGCCAAGUAAGGAGCACAGGCAGCGACGGAGGUAGUAACAAUGGCGGCAGUAACAGGCGGCAGCAGCAGCAGCAGCAACAACAACAACAACAAUCACGACAAACAAGGUAACAAAUACAGAACCGGCCAAUCUCGCCGAAUGUCCCAGUC